AUGUCCAUGCGUCUGGUUCUAAUUGGUUUGGCCAUCCUGGCAUUGGCCUACGGACAACCUGUUCCAGGAGCUCCAGAAGUCAUUGAAAAUAAGCCCGUACAGGAGAUAAAUUCAGAACAGCCCAUGUAUAAUGCCUACCAGCGGACCCUUUUCCUGCUGCUGCCGCUGCUGUUCCCUAACCAGUUCUAUAUACCGACUACAAGCGGCUAA